AGCAGGCGGGCGGCGCCGGCGGUGCCCCGGGCGCGCUCACACACUCGCUCACACACACAUACACACGGCCUCGUACACACACACACACUCACACACGCUCCGGCGCGCACACGCGGCGCGCAGGCCGGAGGGAGGCGGCUCGGCGCGGCUCGGCGGCGGCGGCAGCGUGCUCGGCGGGCGGGCGGGAGGGCUGGCGGGCGGCCCCCGCUCCCCAGCUCCGCGGCUCGGUGCAGCCCGCGCGGCCCCCGCCCUCGGACCCGCCCCCGGGGGUCGCCCGGCCCCAUGCCCUGCAGCGGCGGCGGAGCAGCGCGCGGCCACGGGCGGCUCUGAGGAGCCCGGAGGGAGCCGGCAACGAGGGGACCAUGUACCGGGACCCGGAGGCAGCCAGCCCAGGGGCGCCCACCCGCGAUGUCCUGCUGGUUUCCGCCAUCAUCACCGUCAGCCUUAGCUUCACUGUCAUCCUCUGCGGCCUCUGCCACUGGUGUCAGCGCAAACUGGGCACACGCUACAAGAGCUCCCUGGAGACGGUGGGCACGCCAGACUCAGGGCGCGGGCGCAGCGAGAAGAAGGCCAUCAACGACCUAGACAGAGACUUUUGGAAUAACAAUGAGAGCACAGUGCAGCAGAAAUGGAGCUCCUACCCUCCCAAGGAGUUUAUUCUAAACAUUUCACCCUACGCCCCUUAUGGCGACCCACGACUGUCCCUCAAUGGCACCCUCCUGUCCGGCGCCAAAGUGGCCGCCGCAGCGGGGCUGGCGGUGGAGCGGGAAGGCCGGCUGGGGGAGAAGCCGGCACCGGGGCCACCACCUGGAGAGGACGCCUUGAGAAGCGGCGGCACCGCCCCCAGCGAGCCGGGCAGCGGUGGCAAGGCGGGGAGAGGCCGCUGGCGGACGGUGCAGAGCCACCUGGCCGCAGGGAAGCUCAACUUGUCCAAUUUCGAGGACUCCACCCUGUCCACGGCCACUACCCUUGAGUCUAUCCCCAGCUCCACGGGAGAGCCGAAAUGCCAGCGACCCCGCACCCUGAUGCGGCAGCAGAGCCUGCAGCAGCCGCUGAGCCAGCACCAGCGGGGCCGGCAGCCCAGCCAGCCCACCACCAGCCAGAGCCUGGGCCAGCUGCAGGCCCACACGGCCUCAGCGCCCGGCCCCAACCCCCGGGCCUAUGGCAGGGGCCAGGCUCGGCAGGGCGCCUCGGCCGGCUCCAAGUACCGGGCGGCUGCUGGCCGCAGCCGCUCCAACCCGGGCAGCUGGGACCACGUGGUGGGGCAGAUUCGAAACCGAGGCUUGGACAUGAAAUCCUUCCUGGAAGGCCGGAUGGUGGUGCUAUCCUUGGUCUUAGGGCUUUCGGAACAGGAUGACUUUGCCAAUAUCCCUGACCUGCAAAACCCAGGAACCCAGCAGAACCAGAACGCUCAGGGGGACAAGAGGUUGCCUGCAGGAGGGAAGGCGGUGACCACGGCCCCCGUGCCCAGCCAGACGCCUCACGACGAGUCGGACCGCCGGACCGAGCCCCGCUCCUCCGUCUCGGACCUCGUCAACUCCCUCACCAGCGAGAUGCUCAUGCUCUCCCCAGGCUCUGAGGAGGAUGAGGCCCACGAGGGCUGCAGCCGAGAGAACCUGGGCCGGAUCCAGUUCAGCGUCGGCUACAACUUCCAGGAGUCCACGCUCACCGUGAAGAUCAUGAAGGCCCAGGAGCUGCCGGCCAAGGACUUCAGCGGCACCAGCGACCCCUUUGUCAAGAUCUACCUGCUGCCAGACAAGAAGCACAAGCUGGAGACCAAGGUGAAGAGGAAGAACCUGAACCCCCACUGGAACGAGACCUUCCUCUUUGAAGGUUUCCCCUACGAGAAGGUGGUGCAGAGGGUCCUCUACCUCCAGGUCCUGGACUAUGACCGCUUCAGCCGCAACGACCCCAUUGGGGAGGUGUCCAUCCCCCUCAACAAGGUGGACCUGACCCAGAUGCAGACCUUCUGGAAGGAUCUGAAGCCAUGCAGCGAUGGGAGUGGGAGCCGGGGGGAGCUGCUCCUGUCUCUCUGCUACAACCCCUCUGCCAACUCCAUCAUCGUGAACAUCAUCAAAGCUCGGAACCUCAAAGCCAUGGACAUCGGGGGCACAUCAGACCCCUACGUGAAGGUGUGGCUGAUGUACAAGGACAAGCGGGUGGAGAAGAAGAAGACGGUGACGAUGAAGAGGAACCUGAACCCCAUCUUCAACGAGUCCUUUGCCUUCGAUAUCCCCACGGAGAAGCUGAGGGAGACGACCAUCGUCAUCACCGUCAUGGACAAGGACAAGCUCAGCCGCAACGACGUCAUCGGCAAGAUCUACCUGUCCUGGAAGAGCGGGCCUGGGGAGGUGAAGCACUGGAAGGACAUGAUUGCCCGUCCCCGGCAGCCCGUGGCCCAGUGGCACCAGCUGAAGGCCUGAGUGGGCCAGAGGAGGCCCAGGGGGCCGAGGGACCGGGUCCCCAUCACGCCCUCGCCACUUUAUGCACAACGCCCAGCCUGGUCCCCCUGCCGUGGGUGAGGGGAGGACCCUGCGGCUUGGCCAGGGAGGGGUCCCGGAAAGCACUUGGGCCCCAUUUCUAGGAAGUACCAGCCCCAUCCCCCGCCAGUCCAGCUCUGGGGGAGGGGCUCUGGGAGCCAUUUUCCUGCUUUGCCCCUUUCCUUCCUGACUUGCUGAUACUAAAGAAGUGGGGGAGGUCGUGAGAGCCAGACAGCCAGACAGGCAGGCAGACAGACAAGCAGUUCCCUCCAGAGGCCCGCCAGGUGGGCACGGUCCCCCGUUUUCUUUAAGGCAGUGCCUGGAGUGGAGAGAGGCUGCCCCCUCGGCCUGGGCCCAGGAGAGGGGAGGCUGAGGUGUUUGGCCCCGGCCUGGCCAGGAGAGGCCUGACCCAGGGCAGUUUCAGGUGCCGGCUGGGCCCUGAAUGCCAAGGAUAGUAUACAGCGCCCUCUGGGGUCCUGGAGCCGCAGCCCUGUGUACUUGUGUCGUGUCCACUGUGUGUGUGUGUGCGUGUGAGUGUGCAUGUCUGUGUGGGGUGGGGAGCUCGCUCCCUGUCCCCCUGGGGCCCGCAGUGCUGAAGACUGUGAGGAGAGGGCAGGGUUUCGUGACGCGGGGCAGGGCUGGAGGCCCGGAGAGGACAGUGCACUGAGCCAGGGGACAGGGGAGGAGGCAGAGGGCAGGGGGCAGGUGAGGUUGAGUGGCAGGGAUGGGGGAGGGGAGGGUGGGGCAGAGGGGCAGACCUGAGCUGAGCUGAGACUGGGGCUGCCUCCCACUGUUUCCCCUCCUGUCUC